CACCGUUGGACGUCCUCGUUUUCUGUAUUGCAAUACCAUGGCAAAGCUGAUCGGAAUGGUCGUCGUUUUAAGCGUCUGUGCUACGGCACUGGUGGAUAGUGCGACGCCGGUGGCUUACGUUUGCCGGUUUUACAGUAAUGGUGAAAAAGGCUGCCAGAAGAAAUGCGCAGCCGCAUCGAAUGCGGACACCGACAAAUUAAUCAAGGCCCGCCCGGCAUCCAAUGAUAUUCCGCAAAAACAGAUAGACGACAUCAAGAUCGAUCCUCUCCUCUCCUAUAAGUGCAGCGAUUCCCCCGUCACCAGCAAAUGGGACAUCAAAUCCAAGCAAGACUUUGCCGUGACGUUUACCGAUACUUUGAAAGAUGUGCCCAAGAACAAAAAGACAUACUUGGGCUCGUGCGCUUUUGACAACGACAAAGCCAAAGGUUGGAACUGCCGUGGUCUAUCCAUUGACACGUCCGCCGGGAAGACGUAUAUUGGUGCUCAGACACACUCCGAUAACCUGCGCGGUAUUAAAGGAAAGCCAUCGUGGAAAGUGACCGGGAAUGAUGAUGUACAGUUUAUAGAUAAUUAAUGGAUUCGGCAACUAAAAUCUCCAUUGAUGUGAUCGAAUACCCCAGGCCGCCGCUUUCUUGGAGCUUAGAAAAAAACUACAAUUACUGCUGCGAAAUCGCUGGUGUAUGUCCUCUGCUGAUGCGAGUACAUCGCUUUUCCAUAACUUGGCUGUUACACAAAUAGCUUGUGUGUGUAUGUCCAGGAUAAAAUAAACCAAUUACUUUAUUUUGAAUCAAAAAUUA